CCGUUCCAAUCCAACUUUGUAAACCCACUUCGCAUCCGUCGCACGAUGCCUCUGUAAAGCGUCAUCACUCACAGUUUUCCUCCCUUCCUGCUUCAUUUUCUUCUUCUUCGUCUCUGCUUUCUCUGCAGCUCAAAUUUUUGUCUCUAGUCUCUCUGGCAUUACAAUGUGAUAACAUUUGCUUUGCUAAUAGUUCUUAAAGGUUCGUACCGAGGAUUAGUCUAUGUUUCAGUUCAUCUUUUAGUGAGAUUUGGAAAUAGGUGAGGAAAGUGCAAGACCAUGAUGGAUGCUUCAAAAGAUCUUUUAAUAACUUUGAAUGAUAGAGCAAAUAUCUUGGCGCAUAAGCUUCUUGAGGUUGACGAUGAUGAAUCUUUUUUUCCAGCCUCAGAAGAUGAAAUAAUAGGAAUGGAACAUCUAUUAGCUGAACCUAAAUGUAGCAAAGACUUAAUUGACAGCGUUCUAGGUUGCAAUACGCAUAAUCCACAAAAAUGCUUCAAUAUUGAAGAUCUUUCAAGCGAUGCCAAGUAUGAUCAACUAAAAAUUGUUAGUGGUACACUGAAUUGUAAUUUCACUGAAGAACUGGAGAAAACAAGACUAGAAUAUCUUGAUGGAGUGUUGCAAGGAACUGGUGAUGGGGCUUUUCAAGGAACAAAUGGUCUUUCAAAUACUUGUGAAGAUUUCCUUUUGGAUGCUGAAACUUCUGAUAGGGUCAACAGUUUAGAUUACAGUCCAUAUGAAGAAUCUUGCUUGGGAAACUUGGGUUCAAGAGGCCACUUCCCAGCUUUCAAAAGGGGAGAAUGUGGUGCUGAAGCUUCAGAAUUGUCUAUGGGUAAUAUUCCUUGGCUUGAAUCCACAUGCAGUCAGAAUUUGCCUCUGCUUGACAAGAAGGCAAUUCAUGAGCUUAAUGAGAAUUUUAGGAACAAGUUUGAUCAGGAAUCAUCAGUUACAGAAAAACAGUGGCUGAAGUACCAUUCAACAUUUGGAUUAGGGAAUCUUGGUGAGUUGGACAAUGGCAUGAGCCUUUUGGAAUCUGGUUCAACUUCUGCUGAAAAUGAAGGAAAAACAUUCUUCUCAUGUAGUAAUGAGUUCUCCAGAAGACCAUCCAGCCUCUUUACAGGUGUGUCUAGUAGCAAUGAUUUGCCAAUAGAUCUACAUAUGAAAAGGGAGAGACUUGCUUGCUGUGAUUCUCUUAAAAACUCAUCUUCUGAUGUUAGAAAAGUUGAAUAUGGUGCCUUAGAUUCAGGGGGAAAAGGUGUACUUACACAAAAGAGAUUGCGUAAGCCUACGCGGAGGUACAUUGAAGAAUCUUUGGAGCAGAAAGGUAGAUAUAAAAAAUGUGGAAGGUCUUAUAAAUGCUCAGGGGAUAAGUUUCUCCGUGUUAGAUUUCGUAAGCAGCAUUGCCCAAAGGGAUCUGGGGAAACACCAUUGGUCUGUCAGAAUGAAUCUUUUACAGGAGGUUGCAUUCAGGUUCCUUUUGGUCCACCAGUGGAGAAAGGGAGCCCAAAGCGACAUUCAUCAUUUCUGGGUCAUGAACAUGAGAAUUGUGAGGACAGAAUCUUAGAUGAAAUUUCUGAUAUGGAGAAUUUUUGUGCCGAGUCAGAAGAUGAGAGAUCUGAUGAUGAAAGUAUCACAAAGAUUAACACUAAAAAGGAUGGCCGAAGGAGAAAGCACCAUAGGUUGUGGACACUUUCUGAGGUGAUGAAAUUGAUUGAAGGUGUUUCUCAAUACGGAGUUGGGAGAUGGACUGAAAUAAAGAGGCUGCUGUUCUCCUCAUCUGCACAUCGCACAUCUGUUGAUCUUAAGGACAAAUGGCGAAAUCUUCUAAGGGCUAGUUGUACGAAGUUGCAGAGCAAGAGAGAGGUUGAGCAGGGAAGAAAGCAUCCAUCGCAUCAUAUUCCACAGCCUGUUCUCCACCGCGUGAGGGAGCUGGCUGUCAUCUAUCCAUACCCAAGAGAGCGGAGAUCCAAGGUGUCUUGCACUGCCCCUGUUCCGUCAGCUGCCCCCUCCACUGCCAAUUUGGUGCCGUUGUCAGCUGCCGUCAGAGUGUAGCAUACAGCAUAAAUUAGUAGCCAUAGGUACUACAUGGACCUCCCCAAGUUUUAAAUUCAAUGUUUGGCUUUACCUCUUGUGCCAGGGGAAAAGAGAAUGCUGGUGUACAGACAUUAUUGGUAUUCCUGAAUCUUUUAAAUUGCAGUUGGUUGAAUGUCCGGUAAGUGGUUGAGUGUAA